AUGCGAUCAUCCUCUCUCCACCAGCUACGCCGUGCUGCACUCCGUCCGCGUGCGCGACACUUCACCAAAGGCGAUGUUGUGCUCCUGCGCGAGAGCAAGGAGACUCAGGAUGGGCGCCUUGUGAAACUGCAGGCGACCAAGACCCUCGGCACACACCGAGGCGUCGUCAAGCAUGCAGAUGUUAUUGGAAAGGAGCCACGGCAAAUUGUCCGCUCCCACAAGGGCGACACCUUCCGCAUCUUCGAGCCUACGUUGGCCGAAUAUGUCAGAUUGACACCGCGCCUUGUUACUCCAAUCUACCCUUCAGAUACCAACCUCAUAGUGUCCCUGCUCGACAUCCACGUAGAUACUCCAUCCGCUACCCCCAGCACAGAACCACCUCUUGAGAUACUCGAAGCCGGCACAGGCCAUGGAGCGCUGACGCUGCAUCUCUCUCGCGCUAUACACGCCGGCAACCCUCCAGUUCCAAGAACGCCGUCCUACGUCACUACCGAAGAAGAACCCGAAGACGCAGUAUACCUCGGCGAGUCCAUAUCAGACCUACAGGAAUCAGCACUAUCGUCGUGGAAGCAGAACCGUCGCGCUAUCAUACAUACCCUGGAUAUAUCCAGUAAACAUUCGGUACAUGCGAAGAAGAUAGUCGAAGGCUUCCGACAUGGCAUGUACGCGGGCAACGUCGACUUCCACGUCGGAGACGUGUCUGAGUGGAUCGCCAAACAGAGAGCGUCGAGAAAUACUGAGGAGCCAUUCCUGACUCACGUGUUCCUGGAUCUUCCCAAUGCGACAAGUCACCUCGCUAAUGUCGCUCCUGCGUUGCACGUCAAUGGCAUGCUCGCCGUCUUCAACCCAAGCAUCACCCAGAUCGCUGAAUGUGUCGAAGCUAUUCGGGAACAUAAGAUGCCCUACCUUCUUGAUCAGGUCAUUGAGCUAGGAGCAGGUACAAUUCGCGAGUGGGAUGUUCGUGCAGUCAGACCGAGAGCGCCUAUGAAGAAGGCUCAGCCAGAGCAACCUUCCGAGCCUUCGGGCGAUGAAAGCGCAGAUUCAGAAUCAGGCCAAGAAGGACGCGAUAACGAGCUAAAAGAAGAUCUGAGCAAACAGGAGGAGAAAUGGGUCAUGGUGUGCCGACCAAAAGCCGGCCAAAUGGUUGUCGGAGGUGGCUUCUUGGGUCUAUGGAGGCGUAUGGAGAAGCCAGAGAAGAAGGAAGCGGCGGAGAGGCCUGACAGUGAACCAUUGACUGAGUAG